GCGUCGAGCAAAAAAAGGCCCUGUGCAGCGCAAUCUCUCGUACUCACGGCAUAUAUACACACGGAUCUGUCAUUUCGCAGCGCGUUUUAGCCCUGUGCAAGCGCUCCACGCAUCGCUCACCACCUUUACUGUACUUUAGCACUUGACCCAUAAGCCAUAUGGCUACAGAGCUGGCAGCCAGCGCUGCGGAACUGGCUGCCGGAGAACAAUUCGCGCGCGCCCAUCGCGCUCUGCGGACGGACGACGUGCUGGCAUGCGUCUUCUCUCGGCUCGCGCUGCGCGACGGCUGCGUCGUGGCGGCAUCAGUCUGCAAGCAGUGGCACGGCGCCUGGCGACGCCGCGCGAAAGGGCUGUACCGCCCGGUGCGCUUAGGUCUCGGUCCAUUUGAAUUUGGUGAUCACCUUACCCCCCUGGUCGCUGGCGGUGUCAUUGUACCCGAUUACAAUGAAGGCUGUCUCCAUAUGUACACCGCGGAGGGUGAGCAUCGAGGGACUGUAGGUGACUGGAAUUGCCCAACUGCUGUGGCUCUGGACGACGAGGGUGUGUCAUGGGUAGUCAACCACGACAAUCGUGAGGUGGGUCGCCAUCCCGUAAAUUAUGAGACUAUGCAACUUCGGGCUCCGUCGUUAUCAGAGAUAGCAUUUUUCCAAAUUGGGCGGCCCAUUGAUCUCGAGAUUUCUGGCGAUGCAGUGUUGGUUUUGUUUCACACUGACUGGGGGUAUGGUGAAGUUGCUGUGCUCGACCGAAACUCAGGGGCCGUGCGUUAUCGAUUUGGCUCGAGCGCUCCCCCCGGCUGCGUCGACGAGCUGCGGGGUGCGAUGGGCCUGGCCAUUGAUGGUGAGUAUUGUUUCGUGGCCGACACCUACAAUCAAUCCGUUGUAAUCUUCAACUGGCGCGAUGGGACGUUCGUGCAACGCAUUGGCAAGGCGGGUGACGCUCCGGAAAUGCAUGAUGAUGAAUAUGGCGAACAUUACUGGGAUCUCGUAGCGUAUGACGACGACCGUAAGUCUGCCGAACAGGGGCAGUUUCACGAGCCCUACGACGUCGCGGUACGAAACAAGCUCCUAUACGUCUCCGAACGAGGUGGUCGCCGAAUCCAGAUCCUGCGCCUGCCCGAUGAUUUGAGUGCAGCAGAUCCGGAGGUCCUCCAGAUUAUCCCCUCGCCGGGUGGAGUGGAGCUCGCUGGUAUUUGCUUGGACGGCGAGCGGCUGUGGUGCGUAGGGGCGCCAUACCACGCAGGAUCUCCCGCAGAAGACUACGGCCAUGCCAGCAUCAGCAUCUUCGCCCCCAUUGUGUAAGUUGAUCACUAAAUUACUCACAAAAACAAAUCACUGGAGGACUAUCGUGAGCUCGGAACAGGUUUCGCCCACGUCUUCGACCAGUUCGUCGACCAGUUCGGCGGCGGCGCCACGGGUCGCCUGCGCGCCGGCGCCGACCGCGGACGGGCAACAGUGUGCCGCGGCGCUGCCUUGGUUGGAGCAACGCGCCGACGCCGAGAGGUCGCCGUCGCCGAAGCAGGCCGUGCGCGCGCGGACGAGGGCGCAGACCGCACGACAGAGGCUGAGGAUGGACGGGCGACAGAGGCAGAAGACGGCCGCGGCCGCACGGCGCCCGCGGAGGCCGGCCGCGCUCCUAACAGUGA